CUGAAAAAAAUGUUUCAACAAAAAUAUUAAGCAGCACCACUAUUUUCAACAACAAUAUAAGAAGACAUGUUUCUUAAGCAGCAAAUCAGCAUAUUACAGCGAUUUCUAAUAGCCUUGGUGAAAAUAAGAGCUAGAAAAUUUUGAACAGUGGUGUACUUGCAAUAUAUUUACACUGUUUCAGUAAUAUAGUCUCAUCUCUUGUUUGUGGAUGUUUCUAUGUUUUUACUCAUUUAAGAAAUGAAUUUUUCAUCCCCAGUGUGUUUUCAGUAACUUCGUACACGAUGGAUGUGGUUUCACCUGAGCUCAACAGCCUCCUCCCUGAUGAGAUUAUGGAUACGGAAUCCAUCGCGAUGGAAGAAGAGCUCCCCGCCGAGCACCUCGCUGCUCCUCCCCAAUCUGAACCAGAGCCGCUGCAGGUUCCUAUGGAGACAGAGCUGCCUGAAAUCGUCAGCUUGUGUCCAGCCACCACGUCUAUGAAGAUGACCUCCACCGACGCUCAGUGCAGCACCAGCUCAGGAACUCAGCUCCUCCUCGCCCCCUCCAACCUUAUAUCCGGCACUACCACCUCUGCCAAAACCACCGGUCCUGCGGUGACUCAGAACCUCCCCAAAAUCCCCAGCGUUACGGUCCCGGCCAACCACCAGCUCAUCAUCAACAAAUUGUCCGGCACCCCCGCUGUGGUUAGCAAGUCUCCAGGCGCUGCUGUGCUCAAGCCAGAGGGCCAGAAACUCUUGGUUGCUGGCCUCAGUAAAACAGGGCAGCCCAUUAUGUUGGCUCUCCCUCACACUUGGAACAAGCCCGCCACUACCCAGGGCACAGGAGAUGUUAAGGCCCAGCCGACGCAGAUCAAACUGAUGACGACAGUAGGGAAGCCUGUGAUAGCGGUGAGCUCAGGCAGUCAGCUGAUGGGCAGCUCCACCACACUGCAGGCGCAGCAGCUCAAAACACUUCAGUUCACAAAGAAGGCCGCAGUAUCUACAGCUGGACCGAUGAUUACAAAGCUCAUCAUCACAAAAGCCCUGAACAAUAAAGGACUGUCCAGCCCAGCUUCUGUGGCUCCUGUAGUGACUGGGCGAGUUGUUACCCAGAGUACUCCAGUGACACCUCCACGCAACAUCACCUUUGGUGAGACCAUCAGCACUGUGCCACAGAAUACGUCUGGUAACAGCAAAGUCGCCAUCUCACCUCUCAAGUCUCCCAGCAAGCUGACUGUGGUUUCGGUGGCCAGUCAGUCUCCAAACUCGCCUCAGAAGUCUGUGACGCUGCCGCUCAGCGUGGCUCUGGGCCAGCAGAUCCUCACUGUUCAACAGUCUGCCGCCACCUCUCCAGCUAAAGCUGGAACCAGCCAGUCCACCGCACAGACUGUAAAGCCAGUGCAGACGGUGGGAGGAGUGGGAACAUCCCAGUUUAAGACCAUCAUCCCCCUCACCACACCUCCCAAUGUGCAGCAGAUCCAGGUGCCGGGCAGCCGCUUCCAUUAUGUGCGUCUGGUAACGGCCACCACCGGCAGUAGCACCGCACAGUCGAGCGGCAGCACCAACACCAACCCUUCAAUCCAUCCAGCCAAGCCUGUGAUGAUGAACGCUGCAGUACGGAUGUCUGUACCCAUUGUCUCAGCACAGACCAUCAAACAGGUAGUACCCAAACCCUUGACGUCAGCAGCCCAGGUGGUGACCACCAGUCAGACGCCCCAGCGUCUCAUCAUGCCAGCCACACAUCUGCCACAGAUCCAGCCCAACCUCACCAGCCUGCCGCCGGGCACUGUGCUCGCCCCCGCCCAUGGCUCUGGAAACAUGGGCUACGCUGUGUUACCGGCCCCAUACGUUACGCAGAUCCCUCAACCUGCGUUUGUGACUUUGACCAGCAGCUCCACCUUCUCUACAGCCACCCCUAUACAGACUCAAGCCAGGCUUUCACUUAACGGUUUAUCAACGUCUGAAGCAGCUUCAAGGCAGAGAAAACCCUGCAACUGCACACGGUCACAGUGUCUGAAGUUGUAUUGCGAUUGCUUUGCCAACGGGGAGUUCUGUAAUAACUGCAACUGUGUUAAUUGCUUCAACAACCUUGAUCAUGAGAGUGAAAGACUGAAGGCCAUCAAGGCAUGUUUAGACAGAAACCCUGUGGCUUUUAAGCCCAAGAUUGGCAAAGGCAAAGAAGGAGAGUCAGACAGAAGACACAGCAAAGGCUGCAACUGUAAGAAAUCUGGCUGUCUGAAAAACUACUGCGAGUGUUAUGAGGCAAAGAUCAUGUGUUCGUCCAUGUGCAAGUGCAUGGGCUGCAAGAACUUCGAGGAGAGUCCAGAGAGGAAGACGCUGAUGCACCUGGCAGACGCUGCAGAGGUACGAGUCCUGCAGCAAACCGCAGCCAAAACCAAACUGUCCUCACAGAUCUCGGAUCUGCUCACCAGAACCACACCGGCCAUCACCAGCGGCGGCGGAAAGUAA